CCCACUCUCCUCUUCUUUCCCCACUCCAGCGAGCUGGCAAAGCGUGACAUCUUGGCCGGCGAUGCCGGCUUAUGCCCUGACGGCGAAGCAGGAGACGAGGCGGUGAUCAGCAGCAAGGCGGUGGUGAAGAAGCUGUACCGCGCGCUGGAGCGUGGCGACGUGGACGCCGUCCGCCGCCUGCUGAACCCCGACGUGGACUGGUGGUUCCACGGCCCGCGGGCGCACCAGCACCUGGUGCUCAUGCGCCUGCUCACCGGCGGCGGCGGCGGCCUCCCGUUCAAGAUCCGGUCGCUGGACGCGUUCGGGCCGACCGUGCUGGCGGAGGGCACGGACGCGACGGGCGCGCUGUACUGGGUGCACGCGUGGACCGUGGGUCCCGGCGGCCGCGUCACGGAGGUGCGCGAGUACUGCAACACCGCGCUCGUCGUGACAAGGCUCGGCGGCGGCCGCGACAUGGAGGCGCGGGCGGCGCCGGCGAGCGAGGAUGUGUGCUCCAAGGCUCAGCAGGUGUGGCAGAGCCGGCUGCCGGACCAGGCUCGGAGGAACCUUCCUGGCCUCGUGCUUGCCAUCUGAACUGAUCAGAUAGUGUCAUGUAACAGAACUCCUGAGGCAAACUGGCCGGCUGUAAUUUAACUGGCCACAGGCUCUACACGAUGGUUCAACUUUUGUUAACUGAUCAAAUGGUUAAAAGCUUGACGCUCGGGAGUCAAAGCUUCCACGCUUUUGCAUCCUGUGGGGUCGUGACCACCGGAUGCCACGAGGAAGAUGAUAGAAUCCUAGUGGAACUUCUCCAACUCUAUAUUCAAAAUUGAUAAAAAAA